CAUGGAGAUGAACUUGCCUAUCGUGAAGAAGCAGGAGGACCCCACAGAGGAAACGUGGAAGGCAGCCAAGACCCAGAACCAAGGAAUGUGACCUUUGAACCCCUCAGCACUUCCCUGGCCGAGGACAACCAGCCCUCUGAGGCUGACACCUUAGAAAACAUGGACAGAGAUUACAACGUGCACCAUCUGCACAGAGGACCUCUAGAACAUGAGCCUGCAUUCCAAAAGAAGUUGGAUUCUGAGACUACAUCUCUUCUUCCAAGAAAAAAGAAGAAAAGGAGACCAAAAUUGAUCCAUCAGAAGAUUCUAGUUGCCAUCCACCAUGGAAGGGAUUUGGUUGACAAAGCUAAGAGGAAAAAGAGAACCAAGACACACCAAGCCAAAGCUCCUAAGAAAGAGAGGGAAGGAAGGGGCCUGAGGCCAGCAGAGGCUGCAGGAGGUAAGCAGAUAUGCCUGUGAGGAACAGCCUGUGAGGGCCGACAGUG